AUGGAAAAUUCGAAAAGCACGGCGUCACAGCCGGUAGUGCAACCGAAGUUUACGCGACAGGCAGUGAAGCAAGGUGCAGCAGAGCUGAUACCGGAUAAGUUUAUCGUGCCAAUUGGCGUUAAAAUCGAAGCAUUCCUGAAUGAACUGAAUGUUGCAGUCCCUAAAUCUGGGAUAUGUGGCAAAGAUUUCGUAACUUACGACAAUGAUGAGGCCAAAAUGGGAAAGCCGCCGACAGGUUGGCGAGUGUGGUUGGAGCACAGAGAGCUGCCACAAAAUAUUACAAAACUGUUCACAGUUGAAGCAUAUAAAGCUGCUAUGCAGAAGUUUAAUGCGCAAGUGCAAGCUGUGCAAACAGCAGCUGCAGAUGCGUAUGAAAAUGCUGGUGAAACGGUGGAAAAGGUUGUCUCUCCUUUUGCUUUUGUACAGCAUAGCAAGGAGCAGGAAGUUGAUAACACGGCUGCCACUAAUAUCGAAAAAGAUAUGAAUGCGAGUAUUAUUGAUGAAGAUGUGCCAACUGGUGGGGUUGAGCCGCUGUCAGCAGAGCCGUUUCAAAUACGUAGUACAGUGGCUACAGGCAAUUACGAUGAGUUGAAUAAAACGUUGGAUGUGAUCCAUCCGUUACAUGCCGCUGUAAGGCAGUUUACUUUGGAUCAAGAGCAGUUUGACAAUACGGUUCUGUCAUGGGAAAACAGAAUUGAGAACGAAAAAGACCUUAACGAAAUGAAAGAGAUCGCUAAAGCCGGUCUGAAUACAACUGAAGAAAUGCACAUGAAGUUUAAAAAAAUUAAGAAGCACGAUGAAGAGUGCAAAGAAAACGUGAAAAAGUUGAAUACUGAUAUCUUUGAUUUACGUACUCAAAACGACAAAAACAAAGAUGAAGUGGACCGUGUACGUAAUACAAACAAAAACCUGGAAAAGCAGUGCCAUGAUUCAAUGGUCAACAGUGGUAAACUGCAACGUGACUUUAUACGUGCGCAGAGAGAACGUGACGAUCUGCAAGUUAAACUAAAGGCAGAAGAAUCGCGAGUCGAUGCAGAACUGAAAAAAGAACGUGACGACCUUCAAGGUCAAUGGAUAUGCAUCGAAGAUGAGUUCGAUAAAGCGAAAACGCGUGAAAAACGGCUAGCAGAGUGGGAGGCCAGGCUGCAGCAAGCGGAAGAUGCGCAGUGGGAAGAUGCGCAGUACGAUAAUCAUGAACAACCGCGUGUAAACACUCGUACCGACGAGUUAAUUGAACGCAGUAUAGCGUUAAUGGAGAAAUUUGAUAAAAGUGGUAAAAGUACAAAAGAAAAGACCCAUUACCCGCAAAAUUAUAAGGGUACACAAGAAAGCGGGAAAGUGGAAAAGUUUAUACUUGACUGCGAGCGCUGUCAAGACUUGAACGGUUGGGAUGACAAACAGCUAAUUGAUAAGGCCUUGUCAAACUCACUGAAGGAUGAUGCGUAUCUGUGGUAUGCAGACCACAAGAAGAAAAACCCAGAUAAAGACUGGAAGUACUGGAAGGGAGUACUUCUAAGUCACUUCUCAUCGGAGAGUGAUCCCGCUGAAAUACGGCAGGCAAUGUACGCCCGUGUAUUUACUGACGCGCAUACGGUAAACUCAUACGUGGAUGGUUACCUAAACUGGUUCAACACAUUGGGAACAAGUGAAGAAGAGCGUGUGUCAAUCCUUAUUCAAGGAUUAAGACCGCAUAGAUGGCGCUGGUUUGAAAAGUUAACUGAGUCCAAACCAAAAACAGUUGAAGACGUGUGUACUCAGCUGAAGACGUUUUACAGCUUGAAGUCGCAACAAGUUGAAUACAAUAACACCAGGAAUCAAAACAGCAACAGUUACAGUAAUAACGGCAACCGUGGACGCGGUGGAUACCGCGGUAAUAAUAAUCGUGGCCGUGGUGGCCGAGGCGGAUACGGUAACUACCGCCAAAACUCUUAUGAACAGUCUGGAAGUACGUACGAGAAAGGUGACAGUGUGAAAGCUGAAAAUACUCAGAAUAGCGGCCGACGGCCGUUCAUGAUCGGCAACGUUGAAAUUGACUUAAAUAAGUGGAAAAAUGAUGCCGGUCAGCUGAUUUGCUUUAAGUGCCACGAGCUACACCCAGCAAAGUUUUGUACUUUCAAAGGCAAAUUCAAAGAGGCGACACGUGAACCGCCCGCGGACGUGUUAGCCCGGCACAACAGUAGAAGAGCGGAAGCCCGAGCAAUGGAAGUAUGUAAACUUGGCAAGGAUGUGCAAGUGAAUGCACUAUCUGUAGAGCGUAUGCAACAACUGUCACAGUUCCCAGAUGCAGUAGAAAAAGGGUUUGAAGUUGCAUUACCAACUCUGGAUGCACAAGCUGUGUACGUGAUGUUAGCUAUGAAUGACAAUGAUGAAGUGAAAACGUUGGUGGAUACUGGCGCAAGUAUCUCCAUUAUGCCAAUACACAUAGCGCUAAUGUUGAAUGUAAGCAUUUUGAAAUGCCCAGCGCAUGUGUCAGAUGUAACGCUUAAUACGGCGGCGAAUGAUAUUACCGAUAUUGACCCAUUGUGUGGUAUUGUGCGUAUCGAAUUGUUUGGAAUUGGUUAUGAACAUGCUGUAUUAAUCGAUCCUAAUACAAAAGUCGACUUUGUACUACUGGGUACCGACUUUUGGACUGGUAAGCCGGUUGUGUUUGAUUUCAGUACUAUGGCGUUCAGGCCUACUCGUACCGAACCCGCCUUUCCCAGAUAUCACCCAAGAGCACAUUUGAAAAUGUUGGAUUUUGUGCAACAGCACAGUUUUAAACCGGUAUUGAAUCCCGGUGCACGUCCAUGUCCCACAAUACCUGCAUGGUUUGAUACGGGGCGUGCACUCGAAUACUGUAAAGCAUUCGACGGAAGUAGUGUGACGUAUGACCACUUAAAUAGCUGGUUAAACAAAGAGCGGUCGACAAUGGCUGUUAAAAAAGCAGAAGUACUACAUACUAGUAGUACAAAACGGAAUGAAGUUACGCCACAGAAGUCUUUCGCAAAAGCAGUGAAAGGCAAUGUUAAGAUCUUGAAGAAACCGCAAAAUGCGCUCGGUGCAACGUCAAGUUUGCGGUAG